CACCGCCUUCACGCUGCCUUACGUCGCUACGUUGUGUAGUGGUGUAGUGGGUACGCGCUGGAGCUGGGUGUGAAGAUGGCGGACGAGGAGGCCGAGCAGGACCGUAGUCCUGAGAACGGUACCAGAGACACGAUAGUGGAGCUCACACAGCGGCUGCAGGAGCUGCAAGAAGCCGUGGUGAGAGACCGAGACGACUCUCCGACCCAAACAUCCUCUGAGUACUGCCAGGACUUCUGCAGGACUCUGCUGGAGUAUGCAGGCCGUUGGAGGAUAGAGGAAGAGCCUUUGGCGCUGGUGGAAGUGUACAUAGCUGCACUGCUGAGUUAUGCCCAGGCUUCUCCAUACCUCUCAUUGCAAUGUGAAAAUGUUCCUCUUGUGGUUGAGAGGCUCUCACUGAGUUUUGCAGAGCUUUUGCUCUCACUGAAGACGGACGUUCCAGAUGGCUUAUGGAAAGAAUUCAAGUCAUGUGUGCAGUUUGCUUACAGUAAGCUGCAGGAAAAUGGAAUCACUCAGCUGUCCCUGCUCUUUGCUUUGGGCCAGUAUGAUGGUGUUUGGACCAACUUCGUCCUGCAAGGCCUUCUGUCCGAUGAAAACCCACAGACUGAAGAAGUUGAGGAGUUUCUGGUGCAGGAGGGGCUGGUGCUGUUGGAGAUGAGAGUGAAGCAGAUGAUGAAGGACAAUCAGCUGGGGAAGGCUGCGCUGCUGGCAAAGGCAUGCUCCGAGUGUCCUGCCUUCCAAGGGAAGGGACUUUUCAAGCAGAUGCACCUCGUCUGCCUCUGUUCUACUUCAGAACCAGACCAGCUGAUGGAUGAGCUUUCAAAGGAGGAUUGCCGCGACGUGUUAGAGAUGAUCUGCAACCUGGAGUCAGACGGAGAUGAGAGGGCAGCUUUCAGCUUAUGCUCAGCCUUCCUGACCCGACAGCUUCUCCAAGGAGAUACAUACUGUGCUUGGGAGCUCACUCUGUUUUGGAGCAAGCUGUUGAAGCGAUUGGAGCCAUCAGAGCAGGCCUUCCUCGACAAAUGCCGCCAGAUGUCCUUACUUUCCAAAACUGUGUACCACAUCCUGUUCCUCAUCAAGGUCAUCCAAUCAGAGAUUGACACCGCUGGACUGCCAGUGUGCAUUGAAAUGUGCAUAAGGGCUCUGCGAAUGGACUCAAAUGAUGGAAACACCAAGGCCACUGUGUGUAAAACUAUUUCCUGCUUGCUUCCCACUGACCUGGAGGUCAAGCGAGCCUGCCAACUGACAGAGUUCCUUUUGGAGCCCACAGUGGAUUCAUACUAUGCUGUGGAGACUCUUUACAAUGAACCAGAUCAGAAACUAGAGGAGGAGAAUAUGCCUGUUCCCAACUCUCUACGCUGCGAGCUCCUGCUGGUUUUCAAAACCCAGUGGCCUUUCGACCCGGAGUUCUGGGACUGGAAAACACUUAAGCGUCAUUGUCUAGCACUAAUGGGUGAAGAAGCUUCAAUAGUGUCAUCCAUUGACUUGCUGAAUGAUACUGAGGACCCCGAAGAAGAGGAAGACUUCUUCAGUCAGGGGGGGUAUAGGAAUAUCCCAGAUCACAAUGUCAGCGGCACUUAUGAACUAAGCGAUAUAACAGACAAGAGACAGAAAAACAGAGAAAUGAAGAAACUGAGAGAAAAAGGUUUCAUAUCUGCCAGGUUCAGAAACUGGCAGGUGUAUAUGCAGUACUGUGUGCUCUGUGACAAAGAGUUUCUCGGUCACAGAAUUGUACGCCAUGCACAGACUCAUCUGAGCGGUGGAGAAUACAGCUGCCCAAUAUGUACUCAAACCUUUACCUCAAAAGACACAUUGCUUCCCCAUGUAACAUCACAUGUUAAACAGUCAUGCAAGGAAAGGAUGACUGCCCUGAAAACAAACCAGAAAUUGGCUAAUCCCAAAACAGCUGCACCUGUUAUUGCAGCAUUAAAGGCCAAGACAGAAAACAAACUUCAUGAAAAUGGUGGUUCCUUAGGGCAAAGUGGGGGGUUGAGUCAGAAUGUUGAGGCCAGAUUGGCUAGGUGUAGCACAGCGAGUAGUGAUGACACCAACGUGUGCCCUGUUGGAAAAUGCAGAAGGAGCUUCAAGUUUUUCAGAAAUCUUGUUGCGCACGUUAAAGCUCACGGGGAGAACGAGGAAGCUAAGACUUUCCUCGAAAUGCAGAGCAAAAAGGUUGUUUGCCAGUACUGCCGCCGCCACUUUAUUAAUGUCACCCAUCUUAAUGAUCACUUACAGGUCCACUGUGGUGUGAGGCCUUACAUCUGUAUACAGUUGAACUGCAAGGCAAGUUUUCUGUCCAAUACUGAACUCCUUGUACACAGGAAAACACAUUCUGUUUUUAAGGCUAAAUGCAUGUUUUCAAAUUGUGGAAAGAUUUUCAAUGAGGCCUUCAAACUCUAUGACCACGAGGCACAGCAUUAUAAAACAUUCACUUGUAAAGUUGUGGAUUGUGGAAAGGUUUUCCAUUCACAACUCCAGCUGGAUUUGCACCAGGGAGGGCAUGCCGCUCAAGAGGAAAGCCCAUCCUGUGAACAGAUCUCACAAAAUAUGCAGCCUGGCCCUUCACUCAUUGAACAAAUGCUCUCCAGUCACUCUCCUCUUAAACAAGAGAAUUCCCAAGAAAACUGGAACUCUGAGAGUGCUGUUAAUUCAAACAAUGGAAGGCUGCCCGUGUCCAUUGAGAGUUUGCUGAAAUCUUCACAAGCACCUGUGGAAACCUUUGGACAACACAGAGUCAAACAGGAAUCACAAGAUUUGCCUUGUUCAACCACCAGUCAGACACAGAGUUUAAAUAAUUCUGUGAUUCAGCCUGCAAAUUCCCAUUUGUCUGAUCCUAAUCCACACAGACAUGGUUCAGGUGGUCAUUCUUUUGAUAAUAUGAGACCACCUCAACAGACACAACCAGUACCUCCAUUUGAAGCUCAUUUAGGUAACGUGCCACAUAGCUGUAAUACAGAUGUCUUGCGAGGCCAGCCACAAAUGUUCCCCAGUAAUGUAAAUACUGGAUCAACGAGUUACAACUCUGACUGUAACUUACCAUUGCAAGGGCCAAUGUGUAGUAGCGCCAUGUCAACAUUAAUACCGCCCCAGAACUCCAUAGAGCCAGCAAUGUCACAACCACUUCCUCCAACAGUAACCCCUCAGCCACUAACUGGGAACAGAUCAGAGAACUCUCUGACAACCUCAACUAGCACAGGUCCCCCUCCGGGACACAGAGAGCGAUUUCACUGUGCAUUUGAAACAUGUACAAGGCACUACAGUUCCUACAGAAGUGCUGCCAAGCACAUGAAAACAGUUCACCCAGAUUUCUAUGAGCAAUGGAAAGUUGCCCGAACUAAAAUCAAGAUAACCUACGCUCCAGCACCAAGCACGUCAUCUGUUGGACGUCCCAGUUCAGUCGCCUCAGUUCAGAACCAGCUGGGCAACAGAGUACCAGUUUGUGAAGUUCAGAGGAAGAACGUUAUCCAAUCAACUCCUUAUAUUAAUAUGGGUAAAAGGGCAAACUGUAGUUCUCUACAUUCCCAUUCCUCAUCUGCCCGCAACCAGAAUGCUUCACUCCUAAUGGAAAAUGUUUUAAAUCCCAUUGUUCUCUCUCAGCUAGGAAGGGAUUCGAAUCCAAUCACGACACAGUCCCACGUUUCAGGUAGUCAAAAUUGGCUCUCGGCCCCUGGAAGUGAACAAAUUCAAAACUGUGGCUCUUCCCAAGUCUAUCCAUCUAACAUGCAAGUGAUGCCACAAGUCGACUCUACAAGUGCUGCUCUGCCACUUAGUGUCCCGUCUUGCUCUAUGAUUGGCUCAACAAUGAACAGACCAGCAGAGUCCUUGCAGUCACCACUUAUGGCAAAUGGAUCCCAGCGUGUUUUGCCCUCGUACAUCGAUGGUGCUAAGGAUGUGUCCCAACAAGCUGAAGACCCUAUUACACCAUAUACAUCACAGAUGCAAAGCGGUUCCAGGGCAGGAGAAAAAACAAAAUCAAUGCAAAGUCAUGUGCAGUCUAAUUUUUCCUCUCCAGACACAGCAAGCCAAAAACACAUUAACAACCAACCUCAAGAUGGCGUCUCUGAAAACAAUCCUGAAAAUCAAAAGCCAGCCAGAAAAAACAAAAGAACCAAAUGGCCAGCUAUUCUUAGGGAUGGCAAAUUUGUUUGUUGCAGGUGUUACAGACAAUUUAAUAGUCCCAAAUCCCUUGGAGGCCAUUUGUCCAAGCGUGCAAGCUGCAAACCAUAUGAAGACUCAGAAUUGAACACAGACCUGCCAGCAUCGUUUCUUGACCUUCUCAAUUCAGAGCAAACCGUUAGCACUGCUCAGCCACAGUUGUCUUAUAAUCCUUCUGCUGUUUAUCAGGAGAAGCCUCAUCAGUCAGUAACAAAUGGUUCAACAGCUGUAAAAGACUAUCCCACCCCUAACUAUUCACAAGAUAAUUUGCCAGAAUAUGGGGAGGGUGAGUCAAGUGAUGACAUUCUUAAACAAAUCAUGGCUGAAUCCAACUUGUCCGAGCUUUUUGUGAACACACCAGCUGGCCAGUCAUUGUUCCAAAACCCUUGUGUUCCCUAUUUAGCGGGUGAACGCUUGCCAGGGAGCUCAGUCAUACAGCAUACAGAAAAUGUCCAGCUGAAGCGAGAGGACAACUCGUAUAGUACAGCCCUUUAUCCUCAGCCUGACCCACUUCUUUCUCAGAUUCUCACAGAAAACCCUUCCACUGCUGUUCCUGGAAGUGUUCCCACAAACCACAGUGAAGGGUAUAACUCUGAGACAACCAUUCAGACACCACAUUCUAACCAGGCGAUGCAAACACUGUUACCUGAUAGUCAGCUUAGUGCAACAACAAGUGGCAAGCAGGCUGAGAUGCAAAGGAUGACAACUGAGCAAGAUAUUAAAAAGAGACUGCGGGAGCAGAUUUUGGCUGGCGACUUUCAACGUAGAAACAGCUUAUGCCAUUCAAGCAACACCGACCCUAAUGCCAAUUCAAAGAGUCCCAUGUCUUUUGACCCAAUGUGCAGUCCUUCUGAUAAUUAUGGACUUCAUCAAAUGUCUUGUGAUGCAAAGAGUGACUCAGCUAGUCAAGGACAAAUCAUUCAAGAAAACUCUACAAUCAUCCCAGGAGACGAUGACGAAGUCGAACGACUACUAAACACACAGAGCUUUACUUGUUUCAGAGAGACGACCACCCCGCAGCCAGAGGUACUGAGCUCCACAGGCGUUCUGGCAAAUGAUGCAGAUCUUGAGCCCACUCAGUUAUCUGCCAGCCAGCAACAGUGGAUGACAGAAAUUCAAAGUGCAUUUGAAAGGCUUGACUUGGUCAGAGAAAUAUCUGAACAGAUCGUUCAACAGCCAGCUCCCGUGACACAAAGUAGCAGUAGUACUCCGAAAAUCCAUACAAGUCCUGCAAAGAACUUCGUCAAGCCGUUUGCUUGUGAAAAUGAGUACUGCACAUUUAGUUCCAUGUCAAGUGAAGCACUUUGGAAACACCUCUCCAAAACUCACAACUACACAAUUGAGAUGGUGAAUGUGGUUAAAAAAAGGUACGGCCAAUAUGCUCCUUUCAAGUGUCAAAAAUGUAGUAAAAGAUUCACUCGUAACUCGAACCUUCGCGCUCACUACCAUUCAGUUCACAAAUUGGCAGCUAAAGAAAUUGCAGAUCUAGAUUUGAAGCGCAGAGAGGCCAAAGCCGCUGCAUUUGCUGCUCUUCAAAACUCUCUUUCUACAGAAGCUCAAACCACAAUGGCCAAUUCACUCCAAGAUGCAGUAAAACGUGAAUACCCAUUACAGGCAUUUGUAUCGCUCACAAACAUUGACAUGACUAAUCAGAAAUGUCAGGAUGACAGUCGCUCCACAGUCAUUCACCCCUUGCAAACAGCUCCCAUGCACAACCAAGCAAUGACUCCACCAGUGCAGGCCCAUACCUCCACAUCAACCUUUCAGUCAGUACAAGCAGGGAUGGCAGCACACCAGUGGUCACAUGGACCGCAAAGAACCUUGCCCAAGGUGCGCACUCAACGCGUGAGUGGUAAACAAGUUCAAGUCCAUUUGCCCAAAGUGUCGGCUCCUCUCACCCAGGCUCUGUCUGCCGCACCUCGAGCUAAUGCGCCUCCAUCUCUCGACAAACAAUCUGCUAUCAACAGGCAGGCAAUAGUUAAGUCAAGCAUAGACAUAACCAAGAAGACAAAAGAGAAGAAGCCCAUCUCAGGUGAUGCCAUGAGUAAGUACAGACCAUAUCGUUGCGUUCAUCAAGAUUGUGUGGCAGCCUUCACCAUCCAGCACAAUCUGAUCCUCCACUACAGGGCUGUUCACCAGUCUGCUUUGUCAGCAUUGGAGGUGAACAAAGAGCAGGACCAGAGUGAUGGACCGGAUGAAAUAAUGGACCACGAUGAGGAGGAGCCAGAGGCAGAGAUCCCCCAAAUUUCGGAAUUCAGAUGCCAAGUCAAAGACUGCUCCCGAGUUUUCGUAGAAGUUCCCAACCUUUUGCAGCAUUAUCUUCAGCUGCAUGAAUUCAGUCUUGACAAGGUUGGCAAUAUCUUGUCCAGCAUCAAGCUCGGCAAGUUCGCUUGUAGCCACCAAGGAUGCACAGCAACCUUCACGGCUUUCUGGAAGUAUAUAGGGCACGUCAAAGAACAGCAUAAAGACAUGAAGUUGGCGAAACCUGAACAAUUAAACGGCACGUUCAAGUGUGAAAUUGAAGGCUGUGACCUUUCGUAUGCCACAAAGUCAAACCUGCUCAGACAUGUCAUGAAAAAGCAUCAGGACCUGUACCAGCCUAAACUAAAGAAUCAACAGAUAAAAGAAGAACCAAUGAUGAAACAAAACUCAAAGCCUUUACAUUACCAAAUUACCAAGACAAGUAAUGGGAAGGAAAACAUCGAGAGCAAUAAAAAGAUCCUACAGAGGGGAAGUGACACAAAGAGAGUUAGCAAGGCAAAAAGCAACCACUGGACUAAAUAUGGAAAACCCUCCUUGAAAUCUAAAGUGGAGGCAUCUUCAAUGUGCACUAAUAAAUUUCCUCUACAAUACCCCUGUAUGAUAAAAGGUUGCGAUUCAGUCAUGAAAUCAGAGCGGAGCAUAUUAAAACAUUAUGUGGGACACGGACUGUCAGAAAAGUACCUGGAACAGCAAAGGAGUCACUUCAUAUUCUGCAAAAAGUUUCCUAGGCAGAAGUGCCGCUCCAUCAGGAGUGAUGAUUCCAAAUCAGACAACACCUCUGACCUGUCGGACAACGAACUGACAGCAGACACUGGCCUGGAAGCAGGGGAAUACGGAUACUCAAAGCCUGUCCUACGCAAAAGGGCCUCAGCAGGGUCCCCUGCUACAUUGUUUGACAGCAAAUUAUCAAACGAUGAAAGUUCCGAUGGCUCUGUGGUGCUCAAACGCAAACGAGGACGUCCACGAAAACUGAUCGGAAAAGCGGCGAAACGCAAGAAAAUUCCACGUACGACCAAGGUCGACGUAGUUUACAGCAGGGACGACGAAUCCGACUCCUCUAGCCCUGCGGUAAUGCCGGAGGAGAACGUUCCGCUGGCCUCUUUUAAACCGAUGGGAUUUGAAAUGUCUUUCUUAAAAUUCCUGGAACAGUCAAAUAAAUGUGAACAUCCCUUGGCGAGGAAGGCUGAUGUACCAGAGACAUCGAGAAAGACAUCCAGUCUGAACAGCAAAGACACCUAUGUCAGGUUCAGCAACCGUCAGAAUUUGAAAUCACUUAGUAAGGUCAAAAUAUUUAUAGACGGGGCCUUUUCAGGUUCCACUGACCUUAUGUUGAAACAGCUGCAGGAGAUGCAGCCCACAGUGGUAUUGUAAAAAAAAAAAAAAAGUGACUAACUUGUUUUUUUUGUUGUUUUUGUAAAGCAGAAUCUCAGGAUAAGAAUGAGUAAAAUCUGCUACGUACUGGUGCCCUACAUGUGAAAUAUUUUUUACACAUCCAGUUAUUAUAAAAAAAACACGUUUUUUUUUAUUAUACUGUACUUAUCUGUACAACUUUUGUCUUUUUUAUGGAAAAGUAUAUAGCAUGUUUUUAUUUAUGGACUGUCAACAAGUUCCCUGAACAUUGAAAUAUGACAUCACCUUUUUGAUGUCUUAAUAAUCCCCAUGGGGCUUUGAGACAAAUGGACUUUGAAAUGGAUUGUAUUGUUGUGUGUAGUUUGUGAUUUGAAAAUGUUGAUUAUUGUGUGUAGGUUAUAUAGUCUGAAAUCACCUACUGCCACCAGCAGUCUUACUAUUAAAUGAACAGUUUUUUACAACCAG